AGAGCUCAUUCCCGACACAUCAGCCCAGGGGAAGCUACAGAGGAAAUUCCCAGUUGCUUGUAAAAAUUCUCAAAAUCAGGACUAGUCAUGAAUACCUUGUUGAUGCUGAUCCUCGUGAUGGUGGAUGCUCUGGUGCAAGUACAUGCGCUCAACUGCUCGACUGUGAUUAGGGGGAGGCGCGGUAAGGUGGUGGUCUACGCCUGCGGUGCCAACGGGUGCUGUGCCAAGGGCUGUGUCUGGAACGGUCUGGACAAGUGCGUCGUGGAGGAGUGCACCAGCAGCCUGACGGGAUGGCUGCGCCGGCCCGUGACGGUGUCCUGCUACUUCCACUGGUUCCUGCUCCUGUCCGCCUGCCUGGUCACCGCCGUGAUGACGGUCCUGGCCCUCUACGCGCUGGGGCUGAAGUUGCGGAAUUGCCUGCGCGCACGAUUUAACGCUCGGUACAGGCCCAUCAGGAACGAAAGCCACAUCUCCUUCGGCUCCACACCGUGCUAAGCACACAUGCGUGCCGGUGCCCGUGCC